ACGGAAGCGGCGCUCAACACGUGGGGGCGGUACCGGUCGGUGGGAUCGGCGUCCUCUCAGUUUGUGGGAACUGAAGCUGGUUGCAGCGAUCGCUGAGGACUGGCGACGCGCGCCGGGGCUGGAGAGAGGCUGCGAAGUCGGGAGACCCGCCGGGCGUCAUGGAGGGUUCUGAAGAGCAGUCGGACCCGCAGCCACAGCAUCCCAGGGACCACCGCAUCCGCGACGGCGACUUCGUGGUGCUGAAACGGGAAGAUGUAUUCAAAGCAGUGCAAGUUCAGCGGAGAAAAAAAGUAACCUUUGAAAAACAGUGGUUCUAUCUGGAUAACGUCAUUGGCCAUAGUUACGGAACCACAUUUGAAGUGACCAGUGGAGGAAGCCUUCAGCCUACGAAGAAAAAGGAAGAGCCUCCUUCAGAGACCAAAGAAGCGGGCACUGAUAAUCGAAAUAUAGUUGAUGAUGGGAAAUCUCAGAAACUUACUCAAGAUGACAUAAAAGCUUUAAAGGACAAGGGCAUUAAAGGAGAGGAAAUAGUUCAGCAGUUAAUUGAAAAUAGCACAACAUUCCGAGACAAGACAGAAUUUGCUCAAGAUAAAUAUAUAAAAAAGAAGAAAAAGAAAUAUGAAGCCAUCAUUACUGUUGUGAAGCCAUCCACCCGCAUUCUUUCAAUUAUGUAUUAUGCCAGAGAACCUGGAAAAAUUAACCACAUGAGAUAUGAUACACUAGCCCAGAUGUUGACAUUGGGAAAUAUUCGUGCUGGCAAUAAAAUGAUCGUAAUGGAAACGUGUGCAGGCUUAGUGCUGGGUGCAAUGAUGGAACGAAUGGGAGGUUUUGGUUCCAUUAUUCAGCUGUACCCUGGAGGUGGACCAGUUCGGGCAGCCACAGCAUGUUUUGGAUUUCCCAAAUCUUUCCUGAGUGGUCUUUAUGAAUUCCCCCUCAACAAAGUGGGCAGUCUCCUAAAUGGAACAUUCUCUGCUGAGAUGUUGUCAUCGGAGCCAAAAGACAGUGCUUCAGUUGAAGAAAGUAGUGACACACUGGAGGAAAAACAGACUUCAGAACAGGAGAACGAAGACAGCACGGCAGAGGCCCCAGAGAGCAACCACCCCAAAGAACAGGGAGCAGUGGAGAUUAUCUCUCCAGAUCCAGCCUACAAGGAGCCUAAAGAGAGAGGAAGCAAAAAGGAUUAUAGUCAAGAAAAGCAGAGGAGACAAGAAGAGCAGAGGAAAAGACAUUUAGAGGCUGCUGCUCUGCUGAGUGAAAGGAACGCAGACGGUUUAAUUGUAGCCAGUCGUUUCCAUCCCACUCCACUGCUGCUGUCUUUGCUGGAUUUCGUGGCCCCUUCAAGGCCGUUCGUGGUCUACUGUCAGUAUAAAGAGCCUCUGCUGGAAUGCUACACAAAACUGCGGGAAAGAGGAGGGGUCAUCAACCUCCGGUUGUCUGAAACCUGGCUCAGGAAUUACCAGGUUUUGCCAGAUCGAAGCCAUCCCAAACUACUGAUGAGUGGAGGUGGGGGGUACCUUCUCUCAGGCUUCACUGUUGCCAUGGAAAACCUUAAAGCAGACCCCAGUCUCAAAUCCAACUCGAGCACUUUAGAAUUACAUGAGACUGAAGAGCCAGCAGCUAAAAAGUGGAAAUACCUGGAGUCUGACUCCUAAUCUUCAAAAGUUGCUUUGAUUUUUGUUCUCAGGCAUUGCACAGUUAGUAAUUAAAUUUAAGAUGUCAUCACUAAUCAGUUUUUCAUAUUCUAACCUAAGAUCAUGUUUGUACACCUGUUCCUGGGAAAAAUAAGUAAGUCUUGUGUUCACUUCUGACACAGAUGGGUUUGGUCUGUCAAAACCUUGAGCCAAAAUACCCAAACCUGGGGUGUGCGGUGGACUGAGCUAUGGCCAAUUCUGUUUAUUUCACAACGUUGCUGCAAGUACUUUUAGUACUCUGUACAGAAAUGGAGAAUUUAGACAUCCUAAAAAUAUAUUUAUACAAGACUGUGUUAAGCUAAGUGGAAUAACACAACAUAGCUAAAACUUGGUGGGUACUUAAAGGAAGGAAUUUGUAGAAGAAAUUCCUUGUUCAUUCCACUCUCUGAAACCUAAGCAAUACAGAUGUGUGAGUGUUAGAUUUACAGUACCAAAAAAUGUCCUGUUUUGGUACAUGUUUGGUACAAUGGCCUGUUCCCUACAGUGGAAUAAACUUUUUUAAAAUGCUAGAUUUUCUUAUUUUAAUAGUUGAUGAUCUAGGAAAGUAAAGUAUUUAUUUUAUUCCUUUUUUUUUACUGAUAGAAAGGUGUAAUACAGUACUUUUUUGCAUUAACUCAGCAAUCUCUUCAUUCUUUGUUCCAAAUAAAGUGAUUAGAAUUUUGGUGCACUAUUCAAUGAAAGGAAACAUGGUUUUUAACUCCCCAGAGACUUAUGGAGAUAGAUGUAUACACAUAUAUACAUAUGGUAAGUCCUCAUUCAACGUUGUCUAUAGAUUCUGCGACUUUAAGCAGAAUGAUAUAUACUGAAACCAGUUUUACCAUGGGCUAGUUCAUACAAACAAGAGUUAAGUUCUUAUGGCAUCUCAUCAGUGUAAUAAUGAAGUGAUAGUGAAUGAACUGAUGUUAUUUGAGGAUUUGCUGUAUAUGGAUGUCAGUAUAUACACAUACAUAUAUAUUUAUAUAUACACACAUAUGUGGAGCCAGAAUGCAUUAUCUCUAGGAACUCUGACAAAGUUUAGUGCAGGGCUUAGACCAGUUACUGCAUUAGUGUCACUCCUUGUCAAAUGUAUUUUAAAGUGCCUUUUUUGGUGAUUAUUAAUGCUGGUUUGUUAAGCUCUGGCAUGAUUAGGUGGUUAGUCUUUCUAAGCUCUGAAAAAUAUAAUCAAAUUAUUUGGUUAUCUGCUGCAGCCAAGAAAAGUGUUUAAAGUAAGCCAAGGCAAGAGCCAUGAGUCUUGCUCAGUAAACACUCAUCAUGUGUAUUGUUCACACUGUUACAGUAUAGAUGCAGAUCUUCCAGCGAGGAGCAUCUCAGAAAAAAAAGAAACUGCUUUUUCCUAAUAGCAUGUACUGUUCUGAUGAUGGCCAGUGUGAUUACCAAGUACAGUUUUGAUUCUUUUUUCUUAAAAUAACUGCUUUUGAAGAAUAAAAGUGUUUCCUACUGUGA